AGGUGACCUCAGCCUCCAUCAUGGCGGCGGCGGUGGCGGCCGUGGAUUAAGAGCCGACACGGACGGGCCGCCAUCGCCGUCAUCAUCACCGCCAUCAUCGCCGCCGCCGGGGACUAGGCCAGCCUUUCACGACUCCCAGAGGUUUUUGGACUGGUUUUGGAGCUCCCCCAGACGAGCCAAUGGCGUCCUUAACUGCUGUGCCGGUAGGCUUUCACUACGAAACAAAGUAUGUUGUCCUCAGCUACCUAGGACUCCUUUCUCAAGAGAAACCACGAGAACUGCAGGCGCCUUCAGCUCAAGGGACCCACCCACCUGCAUCAUCUCAACCGCUGGACAAAGAGGUUCUGGGGAAGGUGAAAGCUGAAAUUGAAGAAGAGCUAAAGUCCUUGGAUAAAGAAAUUUUGGAAGCCUUCGCCAGCACGGGUUUUGACUGCCACACGUCUCCGGUGUUCAGCCCGGCCAACCCCGAGAGCUCAAUAGAAGACUGCUUGGCCCAGCUCGGCGAGAAAGUGGCCCUGGAGCUGAAGGAACCCCUGCACGAAGCGCUGCAGACCCUGCUCAGCCGGCCUGUGACCUAUCAGGAAUAUCGGGAACGUGUACUGGAGACAGCUUCUCAUGCCAGUGGAUGGAAUAAGGUUUUGGUGGCUCUGGUUCUGCUCCAGCGAAUGCUGAAGGAGCUGACCCUGCGCGGACAGGAGCCCCUCGGGGCCCUGCUGCAGUUCGGCGUGACGUACCUGGAAGACUUCGCCGCGGAUUACAUCAUCCAGCAGGGCGGAUGGGGUACCGUCUUCAGCCUGGAGCCGGAAGAGGAAGCGUACCACGGAGCCAUUGCCGAGGACAGCAACGAUAUCUACAUCCUCACCAGCGACAACUCCGGGCAGGUCAGCCCUCCGGAGUCUCCCACGGUGACCUCGUCCUGGCAGUCGGAGAGCCUGCCGGUCUCGCUGUCCGCCAGCCAGAGUUGGCAGGCCGAGAGCCUCCCCGUGUCCCUGGGGCCCGAGUCGUGGCAGCAGGUGGCCAUGGACCCCGAAGACGUCAAGAGCCUCGACAGCAACGGUGGGGGCGAGGAGAGGAGCGAGAACAACUCGUCCAACUCGGACAUUGUGCACGUGGAGAAGGAGGAGCUCCCUGAGGGGAUGGAGGAGGCCAGGGGCGCCCCGCGGGCCGGAGCCCCGCCGGGGCAGCUCCCAGCGGUCACCGCCGCCUCCCCGCCCGAGACCGCCGCCGAGGGAGUCAGCCCGGCCACGUCCUCGUUUGUGGAACUCGGGGAGGAGGAGGAGGUGAGAGCCGCCGCGGGCGAGGCGACGGAGCUGCGGGUGCCCCUGCCGCUGAGCAAGCCUCUCCCGAAACCGGGCCCCGCAGCUGAGGAAGCGGCCCCGGGGCCCCGGCCCAGGACCGCGCGGCCUCCGGCGGUGGAAGCGGGAGCCCGGGAGGAGGGCCGCCUCCCGGAAGAGAAGCUCACCGUCGCGGAGGAGAAGCCCAUCCUGCUGCCUGAGGGCAAGUCCGUGCUGCUGUACGGCGGGGUGGCCGCGGUGGCCAUCCUGGCGGUGGCCGUGGGGGUGGCCAUGGCGCUCAGGAGGAAAUAGCAGCUGUUGCGGAGGGGAAGGAGGCGUGGGAGAGGAUCCUCGUUCUUAGUUGCGUUGACUGAAGGUGGAGCUGGCUGCCGGUGGACUGGACGUUGGUGACUCUUCAGUGGGAAGAGGGCGCGGGGCGGCGGGGCAGCGGCCAGCGGGGGUGGACACGGUGGCGGAGCCGGUUCAGCGACAGGAGAGCGGUAGGUGGGCGGGGGGCCCGCGCGCCCCGUGGAUUCGGAUCCUGCCGGGACACGGGGCCGUCGGCUGGCCUCUAGGCCCAGAACCGGAAACUCCGUUCUCCGGUGAUCGCCGCUCCCACGGUAGGGCGUCUCUGGCCGUUCAUCCGGCCCCGGGGGCUUGGGACUCGCCCGAAACCCAGCCCGUGGUGGUGGUCGCUCCGACUCUUCCCGUCCCCUUCCCUAUCCCACUCCCUGACCUUUGCGUGGCGUCAGUGAGGAUCUCUCCCCUUCCGUUUCAGCCGCCUCUCAGGUACUGCCCCGGUCCUGGCCCCAGCCCCAGCCCUCCCCUGCUUCCCCGUCAGCCCCAGGGUCAGAGUGCUUGCUCGCCGCCUGUGCUGACACCCCGUCCGCCCCGAGCUUCCUUCUCCGCACCUUGUAACGAUGCUGCCUUUAGAACUCUCCCGGCCUCCUCCCUGCCCGGUCCGUCUGCCCUGCCCUACUCAGAGGAAGGAGAAGGACCGCUCUCAGCCCGAUCCUCCCCCUCCCCAAGAUACGUCUGGGCCCGGCUUCGAGACCAUCGGUCUCCCGCGGCCCCUCCCCGCCGAUGGCCGGGAGAGCGCCCGCCUGCCACCCCUUCCCGAUUAUGCCCCCGAGUUGCAGCCUCGGGCCCGGGUACGGCGUUGGCCAGCCCUCGGGCAGACUAAGGGUCUUGAUACUACUGUUUUCAGAGCCAAGUUAUGCCAACUGCCCAAGAUGAAUUAGUUCGCAGAAAGCGUCCGGGCUGAGAUUGGACUGUCCGGCUCGUGCGAUGCCGCCGGGGCAGCUGCUCCCGCUGCCCUGACCGAGUUCCCGCGUGAAUUCACCCCGCGGGGGUGGUGAGCAGGGGAGGGGAGGGAGGUCGGGUGGACCAGAGGCCUCGUCGCAGGCACAGUGUCAUUAUGCAGGCCGAACGUGCCUCAUGCAAAAAGUCAUCUCCAACUCAUCAGUAAAUGUAACUAAUUACUUUUUAGAUCCUGGAUUUUGUAAUAAAAUGACUUUGGGGAACAAAAAGGAAAAGAACCCCAACCUA